AUGGACCCCUACAAGCAGCGCGACUCCGUAGUGCAACAUUCUUUGACAACGACAACAAGCGCCCAAGUAACCAUGGAAGAUAAUUCGUUAUCGGCUGCGUGUCCAGCACGAUCCGACUUCCUCCUCCAAGCCUACACCCGCCUCCGACAGGCCACCACCACCACCUCUUCUACAGAGACGGCCAAAUUAACCAUCCCCAUCCUCCCCUCCAUCCAAACUAUCACCGCCGCUCUCUCCUCCCUGCCCACUCCAUCCUCUCCUUCUUACCUCCAACCCCUAGGUCCCGCGGAAACCCACGCGCACCUGCUCACCUCUAUCCUGCCCGCGCUCAACCACCAGGGCCUGUCGUCACGUUACUUCGGCUUUGUCACAGGCGGUGUGUUGCCCGUGGCCGAGGCGGCCGACAAUCUGGUGACGGCAUUGGACCAGAACGUGCAGGUACAUUUUCCUGUGCCGGGUGGUACGUCUUCGCAGGUUGAAGAGUCCUCGGGAGAGGGGCAGGAGGGAAAGGAGAGAUGGGUGCAUUCGGUGUGUACGGCGGUGGAGGAUGCGGCGUUGGGGAUGUUGGUGUCGGUGUUGGAGUUGGAUCCUCAUCACCCUGAUCAUGACCACGAUGAGGAGAAAGGAGAUGAUGAUAGCCAGCCCAACGAAAAGGAAGAACCGGUCACACCGUCAACCUCGCCACCUGCAAAGCAACAACGGUGGCCCGGCAAGACCUUCACCACCGGCGCAACAGCAAGCAACAUCCUUGGCCUCGCCUGCGGGCGCGAAGCCGUCAUAGCCGCACGAGCACGAGCACGAUUUGCCCACCUCAAAAAUAAGGGGCCUACCCCCAAAGCCUCUGUCGCCGAACUCGGCCUCCUUGCAGCCUGUCAACUCGCCGGCGUCUGGCACAUCCAAGUGCUGACCAGCAUGGGCCACUCCUCGCUCAGCAAAGCGGCCAGCGUAGUCGGGCUGGGGCAGAACAGCGUCAAGGAGGUUGGGAUGGCCGCGGAGGGGGAACCGUGGAGGCUGGACCUGGAUGCGGUGGAGAGGGAACUAGCGCUAGGCGAGAAGGAAGGGUGGGUCAGCAUUGUGGUGGUGAGCGCUGGGGAGGUGAAUACGGGGCGGUUUGCGACGAAUGUGUUGGAUAUGCCGAAGUUGAGGAGUUUGGCGGAUCGGUAUGGGGCUUGGAUACAUGUUGAUGGGGCAUUCGGCCUUUUCGCCCGGGCUCUACCGAAGACGGACCAGUUCCUAGGUCUACAUGCACAGGUUGCAGGGUUGGAACUGGCCGACAGCAUUGCAGCUGACGGACACAAACUCUUGAACGUGCCCUAUGACAACGGCAUCUUCCUCUGCCGGGAUGCCUCCAUCCUCACGCAGGUCUGCAGAAAUCCCAACGCCGCAUACCUCGCAUCGUCCCCCGGCAGCAACCCCAACGCCAUUCUCAGCCCGCUCAACGUCGGCCUCGAAAACUCCCGCCGUUUCCGCGCCCUACCGGUGUAUGCCGUGCUCCUAAGCGAAGGCAGGCCAGGCAUCUCCGCCAUGCUCAGCCGUAUGGCCCUCCUCGCGCGGGAGAUUGCCGCGUAUGUGCGCGACUCGGAACACUACGAGUGGCUGCCCAGUGCGGAGGCGUCGUUAGAGAGCGUGUUUAUUGUGGUGUUGUUCCGGGCGAAGGAGGAUGCGCUGAACGAGGUACUAGUGGAUCGCAUCAAUGCGACGGGCAAGAUGUUUGUGAGCGGGACGAAGUGGGAUGGAAAGAAAGCGGUUCGUUUGGCCGUGGGGAGCUGGCGGGUCGAUGUCGAGAGGGAUGCGGUCGUCGUGAGGGAGGUGUUGACGGAUAUUGCGGAGGGCCGGUAG